AUGGGUCGAAACACUAGAGCUCAUGCAAGGUCACGGCAGCGACUUGGAGACCUAUCCGGGUACUCUCCAGCCCAGAAGAACGAGCUCUACGCAGAAGCUGUCUCCUGGCUAGACUCGCAUCUGUCUCCUGACGGGAAGCCCCAAUAUGCUGCUGCGCACAAGAAGUUUCCCAUGCUCUCUUACGACACUAUGCGCCGCCGCCAUCUCGGAUUGCAUAAGUCCCACCGCGAUGCACACGAAAAUCAGAUGUUGCUUACCCAUGCUCAAGAGGCAGUCCUGGUGGAGUGGAUGAAGAAGGACGCACUCGAAGCACAUCCAUGGAGCCGCCUAAAGCUGAAGGUCAGGGUCGAGGAGCUGUGCGGGAGGAUGCCCAGCGAUGCCUGGAUCGCUGCCUUUGCUCACAGGCACCCCGAGGAGGUGCGGUUUCGUGGAACCUCCGCUCUCGAUCCCAAGCGUGCACAGUGUUUCAACCCUGGCACUGUCAAAGAUCAUUUCGAGAAGUUUGGAGAGAUCUGCGGAAACUAUCGCGUUAUCCUGAAUUUCGAUGAGACUGGGCGGCAGAAAGGAGGCGGUCGCAAACGCACCGGUAAGAAGUACUUUACGGCCACCGGAGAUCGCACGAAGUACAAGGCGCGCGAUGCAAGCCUCGAGUUGAUCACAAUAAUUGAGGCCUGCUGCAACGAUGGCUCAAUGAUCGACCCCGGUUUCAUCUUCGCAGGCAACGUGACCUGGACAACGGAGUGGUUUGAAGGGCAGGAGAAUCGAAGGAUCUCCAUUGGACUUACUAGCAACGGGUGGACAAAUGACGAACAGUGCCUAUACUGGUUCGAGAACGUCUUUGUCCCACAAGCUCGUGCAAAGACACUCAGUGAAGACGAGCGAGUACUUUUGAUCUUCGAUGGACACCAUUCCCACCUCACCGAUGCCUUCAUUGAUCUUGGAACUCAGUACGGUAUCGACUUCUAUCUCCUACCUUCCCACACGACGCAUAAGCUCCAGCCGCUCGACGUUGGCUGCUUUGGCCCUAUGCAGCGCGAGUGGCUUACUUGUUGCGAGAAGCUCGUUGAAUCUGGAAAUGAGGUACAGCAUGGACAAUUUGUAGCAGAGUACCUCAAGGUUCGAGACGCCUCCGUCACCCCAGAGGUCGUAAAGGCUGCAUGGCGCAAGACCGGCCUCUCUCCGUUCAACCCCAAUGUCUUCUCUGAACUCGACUUCGCUCCCAGCCGUCCGUACUCCACGCAAGCACACCUCCCACCCUCCUUCCCUGUGGUCCCAGCAACGCUCGAGUCCGCAGCUUCACCUCCAGAUGUCUCCUACCCACAGCCCGUGCCCGCUACACCAGACACAUCCACAGCUACACAUGCUGAAGAAACCAGCAUGGAUGUAGACGAUAUCCCAGCAACUACGAGGACGAGCAUGACAUGGUCACCAAACACCGGCGACUCCUAUAGUCUGCUGUCUGCACUGUCGACAUUCCUCCCGCUCCCCGGCCCUCAUUUUCCUGAGUUCCGCCAAACACCGCUCCCGCACCAAACGUCUGCCGCAGACAAAGUUGAAGCACUCACCUGUGACUUGAAGCGGCUGGAGGGGCUCUACAACACCAAGUUCCAGCGCCGCCUCACUGCCGAGUCCCACUGCGCCCACGCGGCGAAGGCAAUCGUUGGUCUGAAAGGGCGGCUUGCCCAGAAGGAGACCAAGAAGCACGGUAAGGGCAAGCGCUUCACAUCGAAGGCGAAAUUCUUGAUGGGUCCGGAGGCCAUGGAUGAGCACAGAAAACAGAAGGCAGAGAAGGCAGCAAAGGCACAGGAGGAGGCAGACCGUAAGGAGAAGCAGGCAGAGAAGGAGGAGGCAGAGAGAAAGCGGAGGAUCAACCUUGCUGACGAUCCGAGUUUAGAGUUCACAGGAGCGCUCAAGACCAAGAAGAAGUGCGACCUUCAGGCGAUCGCGUACCUCCUUAGCCUCCCACUCACCGGGACCAAGGAGGAGCUCUGCACCUCCAUCCACACCUGUCUCUUGGCCAACCCCCAGUAUCGCUCAGACCGCCGCUAUACGAAGCUGUACUCCACCAUAGACCGCGUCACCAAUGCUGAGCAGCAAGCCCCUCCUGUUUCUGACACCCCUCGCAACGACUCCCACACUGUCAACCACCCAGCAACCUGCAGCGCUCCUAUGGACAUCCCUCCUACACCAGAUUCUCGCGGUCAUGUCGCGCGAGAACGCGGUCUUGUUGCGCGUGAACGCGGCCCUGUUCCGCAUGAGCGCGAGAAUGUGCCGCCACAUCCAUCAAGUUCCGACUCUCAGGUAUUCCCGCCGCCUUUGCUCCCAGUUGGGCGGCCUCCACUUCUACCUUUCACCCCACUUCCCGAGUACUGUCUUCCCCCCAACCCCUUUCCGAGCACAUCUACAUCUCAAACAGCGUCAUCUCGCCCCUAUUACUCAUACCAUGAACCACACUCAGUCCCAUACUACUAG